GGGGAACGGGCCCGAGAGAGAGAGAGGCCGGUCCCGGCGGCCGGACGCGGCGGCGCGCACGCAGGCCUCGCCUCUCCCGGCCGCCUCCCUCACGCCGGCCGCAGGGCGGGCGCGCACGCCGAGUGACGCUUGGAGGAGGAAGCGCAGCCCUCUUCCCCUCCCUCGCUGCCCCAGGCCCAGCGGGAGCCCCCCCAGUGCGCCUGUGCGGAGGCCUACUUGAUUAUGUGUGCCCUCUUCGGGCGCCAGCGUUAGCGGCCGGGUGGAGAUGGUCUCUAGCGACCGGCCCGUGUCACUGGAGGACGAGGUCUCCCAUAGUAUGAAGGAGAUGAUUGGAGGCUGUUGCGUUUGCUCAGACGAGAGAGGCUGGGCCGAGAACCCGCUGGUUUAUUGCGACGGGCACGGCUGCAGCGUCGCGGUGCAUCAAGCUUGCUAUGGCAUUGUUCAAGUACCCACUGGACCAUGGUUUUGCAGGAAAUGUGAAUCUCAAGAGAGAGCAGCCAGAGUGAGAUGUGAACUAUGUCCUCAUAAGGAUGGAGCUUUAAAAAGAACGGAUAAUGGGGGUUGGGCUCAUGUGGUUUGUGCCCUGUAUAUUCCAGAGGUACAGUUUGCCAAUGUUUCUACAAUGGAACCAAUCGUUUUACAAUCUGUUCCCCAUGAUCGAUACAAUAAGACUUGCUACAUUUGUGAUGAACAAGGAAGAGAAAGCAAAGCAGCCACUGGUGCUUGCAUGACAUGUAAUAAACAUGGAUGUCGGCAAGCUUUUCACGUAACCUGUGCUCAGUUUGCUGGACUUCUAUGUGAAGAAGAAGGUAAUGGUGCAGAUAACGUCCAGUAUUGUGGCUACUGUAAAUACCAUUUUAGUAAGCUGAAAAAGAGCAAACGGGGAUCUAAUAGGUCAUAUGAUCAAAGUUUAAGUGAUUCUUCCUCUCACUCUCAGGAUAAACAUCAUGAGAAAGAGAAAAAAAAAUAUAAAGAAAAAGACAAACACAAACAAAAACACAAGAAGCAGCCAGAACCAUCACCUGCAUUGGUUCCAUCCUUGACUGUUACUACAGAAAAAACUUAUACAAGCACUAGCAACAACUCUAUAUCUGGAUCUUUGAAGCGCUUGGAAGAUACUACGGCACGAUUUACAAAUGCAAAUUUCCAGGAAGUCUCUGCACACACGUCUAGUGGAAAAGAUGUUUCAGAGGCUAGAGGGUCAGAGGGCAAAGGGAAGAAAUCUUCAGCUCACAGCUCAGGUCAAAGGGGAAGGAAACCUGGUGGUGGAAGAAAUCCAGGAACAACUGUGUCAGCAGCUAGCCCAUUUCCACAAGGCAGUUUUUCAGGAACUCCAGGCAGUGUAAAAUCAUCUUCUGGAAGUUCAGUGCAGUCUCCCCAGGAUUUCUUGAGCUUUACAGACUCAGAUCUGCGUAAUGACAGUUAUACUCACUCCCAACAGUCAUCAUCAACCAAAGAUGUACAUAAAGGAGAGUCUGGAAGCCAGGAAGGGGGGGUAAAUAGUUUUAGUUCCUUAAUUGGUCACCCUGCGACCUCAGCUAUUUCACAGCCUAAAAGCUUUGAAAAUUCACCUGGAGAUUUGGGUAGUUCCAGCCUUCCUACAGCAGGAUAUAAGCGGGCUCAAACUUCUGGCAUAGAAGAAGAAACUAUAAAGGAAAAGAAAAGAAAAGGAAAUAAACAAAGUAAGCAUGGGCCUGGUAGACCCAAAGGAAACAAAAAUCAAGAGAAUGUUUCUCAUCUCUCAGUUUCUUCUGCUUCACCAACAUCAUCUGUAGCCUCAGCUGCAGGAAGCGUAACAAGCUCUAGUCUCCAGAAAUCUCCUACAUUGCUCAGGAAUGGAAGUUUACAGAGUCUUAGUGUUGGCUCAUCUCCAGUUGGUUCAGAAAUUUCCAUGCAGUAUCGGCAUGAUGGAGCUUGUCCAACAACUACUUUCUCAGAGUUGCUGAAUGCAAUACACAAUGGUAUUUAUAACAGCAAUGAUGUAGCAGUAUCGUUUCCAAAUGUAGUAUCCGGCUCAGGAUCUAGCACUCCUGUCUCCAGCUCUCAUUUACCUCAGCAAACCUCUGGUCAUUUGCAACAAGUGGGAGCUCUGUCCCCCUCAGCUGCAUCAUCUGUAACCCCUGCUGUUGUUACAACUCAGGCCAAUACCCUAUCUGGAUCUUCUCUUAGUCAGGCACCAUCUCAUAUGUAUGGCAAUAGAUUAAAUUCAAAUCCAUCAAUGGCAGCUCUCAUAGCUCAGUCUGAAAGCAAUCAAACAGAUCAAGAUCUUGGAGACAAUAGCCGAAACCUAGUUGGCAGAGGAAGCUCACCCAGAGGAAGUCUCUCACCACGAUCCCCUGUAAGCAGCUUACAGAUUCGCUAUGAUCAACCAGGCAACAGCAGUUUGGAAAAUCUUCCUCCAGUAGCAGCCAGUAUAGAACAGCUUUUGGAGAGGCAGUGGAGUGAAGGACAACAGUUUUUAUUAGAACAGGGUACUCCUAGUGACAUUUUAGGAAUGCUGAAGUCAUUACACCAACUUCAAGUUGAAAAUCGAAGAUUAGAGGAACAAAUUAAAAACUUGACUGCCAAAAAGGAACGUCUUCAGUUAUUGAAUGCACAACUUUCAGUGCCUUUUCCGACAAUAACAACAAAUCCUAGUCCAUCUCAUCAGAUACAUGCAUUUUCAGCACAGACUGCUCCUACUACUGAUUCCUUGAAUAGCAGUAAGAGCCCUCAUAUAGGAAACAGCUUUUUACCUGAUAAUUCUCUUCCUGUAUUAAAUCAGGACUUAACCUCCAGUGGACAAAGCACCAGCAGUUCAUCCGCUCUUUCUACUCCUCCUCCUGCUGGGCAGAGUCCAGCUCAACAAGGCUCAGGAGUUAGUGGAGUUCAGCAGGUCAAUGGUGUGACAGUGGGGGCGCUAGCUAGUGGGAUGCAGACUGUGACAUCCACCAUUCCUGCUGUGUCUGCAGUGGGUGGAAUAAUUGGCGCUUUGCCAGGGAACCAACUGGCAAUUAAUGGCAUCGUAGGAGCUUUAAAUGGGGUCAUUCAGACCCCUGUGACAAUAUCCCAGAACCCUACCCCCCUGACCCACACAACUGUACCACCUAACGCAACACAUCCCAUGCCAGCUACACUGACUAACAGUGCCUCAGGACUAGGAUUACUUUCUGACCAGCAAAGACAAAUACUAAUUCAUCAACAGCAAUUUCAACAGUUGUUAAAUUCUCAACAGCUCACACCUGAACAGCACCAGGCCUUUCUGUAUCAGCUGAUGCAGCACCAGCAGCACCACCCGCCAGAACUUCAGCAGCUGCAGCUCCCUGGCCCGGCACAGAUACCCAUCAACAAUCUUCUUGCAGGUACUCAGGCGCCCCCACUUCACUCGGCUACCACCAACCCCUUCCUCACCAUCCACGGAGACAAUGCAAGUCAGAAAGUCACAAGACUUAGUGAUAAAACUGGGCCUGUAGCUCAAGAGAAAAGUUGACAUUUGAGAAGCAUCUAAAAAUUGCCUAUCCUGCUGCUCUGGCACUUCAUCUGGCUGCUGUUGCAGUCCUUGACUACAGCUAUGAAGAAACGCAACAAGAAACUGCACAACAAAGGAUGGCCCAGGACUUUCUUGUAAGGCUUUGAUUAAUUUUCUUGUUGCUUUGUUGCACUGAAACGGAAUUCCCACAUUCCCCAACCCCCACCCAAACAUUUUUGAACUUUCAGAGAAAAUUUAAUAACUUUUUGUCAAUGAAAUAAUUUACAUGCGAUGAGUUUAUCAACACAUGAAAAGUUUAAUGUAGUUGGUGCACAACUAGUUUUGUUAUAAAUUAGAUACAAAAAGCAAAACUAAAGACUUGUUUUAUUUACAAGCUACAUGGUCUUGUACAAGUUGGCAUAUGAAAUAUGAUCUCUUAUUUGAGCUCCAUUGUGCUUGCUCUAUGUAAGUCAGAUCUUAAAUCUCAAGGAACUGUCCACUUUCUUUUCCUGGAGUUUUUAUUCAUUAAAUAUUGCAAUUAUAUAGGUCAUCUACUGCAAACUUGGUUUUAAAAGUUGCCUUUCUAAUGAGAUUUGGCCAGUUUUGGUAAUCGAGUUAGGAUGGUAAUGUCUGCUUCUGCUAAAGGUGAUUUUCAUUUGCCAAAUGCUUUUUAUUUGGUGUUUUUAAAGAGACCUUGAGUUCUAAGGCUGCUGGGGAAACUAGAUCAAUUCAAAGUGAAAGAAAGACUUCUUUCAGAAAGAGAGGCUACUCUGGAAACUGCUGGUAGGGUCUGGUCUUAACCAAGUGCCUAUUAGCACCUCCCUGGGUGGAAGUGGCUCUAGACAGCAGAUCUCCAGCCAGCCAGCCCUGUGAGUAGAGGGAACAGCACUUGCCCCAGCAGCCUUCCCCGUGCUUCUGCCUUUAUUGAACACUUUCUAUGCCACUGUAGAUAGCUCAGGCCAAACUAGUACCUGGGUAUUACCCACUAAUGAGUCACAAGAAAAUGAGUGGAUUUUGUAAGAAUAUAUGUUUGUUUUAUUAAAGCAGCUUCCCAUUACUGACCACACACACACACACACACACACACACACACACAAUCACACAAUACAGUUCCCAAAGCAGGUGAAACCCAUAUUACAGCCCUUCCACUUCAGGUAGCCAUGCUCUUGAUGUGACAGUACGGCAGAGUAAUAAAUUAACAAUUGGGGACAUAAUCAUUGAUCUGUUCUUAAAUGUGUGAAUUAUUAGUGGAAAAGACCCAGCUGUAAUUAGACCUCCACUGUGUACUUAGCUGGAAGAACAUGUUAAUUCUGCAAUAUGUCUCUUGGUUAAACAUUGCACAGUUCUUACCUCAUUUCUGUAAAUAAGGUUUUGUGAAUCUGUUUUGUAUUGUGAAAAAUUCAUAAGAUAACAUUGAUAUUUUGAUUUGUAAUAUUUCUAAUUGGUAGAUUUAAUUGAAAAGUAAAAUUAAUUUAUUUUUAUAUGUUCAGGGGAAUUUUAAAGAAAGUCAAACCUUUUGUAGAUAAUUUAAAAAAUCAGUGUGGUUUAUUUUACUUAUUUAACCCACUGGUUGUUAUUCUGUAACAAUUUGUAUAAAUGGUAAAUUUUGAAUGUGUUGUUAUUUUACCUAGAUGUAAAAUUCCACAUGUAUUAAAAAUGUACAAAGUUUUUGUU